GUGAUAUUAUUGAACGUUUUAAUGGAGAAUCCAUAUCUACUACAGUUGAGUUGGAAAACAUGUUGCUGGGCAGAUGCAGGGAUCAUUUAGAUCAAGGGAAUCGCUUGAAUGAGAAAAUAAAUGUUUCAAUUCAAGUAUUUCACACGGAGGAACGUCUCCGAAGAAACAUAAAUUUGAUUGUAGAUGUAUCAGAGGGUGGAGAGGUCGUUAAAAGAAGGACAUACCCCAUCACUGCUAUAGAAGGGACGUCUUCAGGGCAAUCUAGCCAAAAUGUGGCAGGGUCCCAAGAUAGGCGAAGGGCGUUGGGUACUUCUGAAAGUGAGUCCAACAAAAUUGAUUUGAGAACUGAGACCGAGGUGAUUCAGCUGUGAUGCCCUCGGGAGUAUCGUCAGCAUCUCAGAAGUGAACCAAUAAUGUUAUGUUGCCACAGUUUGUUAGUUUAGCCGUGCCUAAUCACAUUCCAUUGUAGAUGCCAUGUAAUUGAUGAGCAACUUCAUUUGUACGGUUUAAGUCUAUUUGAUACGGUGCUUGCUCUUAUGAAACCAAUCUAUUUUC